GCGACAUCUGGCGAGCAGCGGCGGCCGUCCGAGCGCGGUUGAACGUCUAAAUUCCUCUUGUGUUUUCUAUCAGUCUGGACGAUGAUAAGUGCGUGCACCACGUAAUUAGGGCCCCGUUCACUGGACACGCUCAUCGUCAGUCACACCGGAAAGCCGAAAACAGCUGGUCCACUUCGUGAAACACACAGCAAUGGCAGACUAUGAUUCAACACCGUCGCCUGUGUCGGAGGAGGAUUUCGAGGAGCUCAAGAAACGACUACAAAUGAUAUUUGAUGCAGACCCGGAUCAGUUUCACAAUGACUACUCCAUCAAAAGGUUCCUGAGAGCCUUCCGAACCGUCGACGCUGCGUUCCAGGCAAUCCUCAAGUGCAACAAGUGGCGUACGGAAUACGGCGUCAAGUCGAUCAGUGCCAAUGAUCCGGAUAUCAAAAGGAACAUCGAAGCAAAGAAGGCCAUGGUUCUGCCCAAUCGGGACUUCUAUGGCAGGCCCGUCAUCUACAUCCCUGCCUGCAGACAUAACGUUCAGGAGAGGGAGAUCGAUGAGCUGACUCGGUUCAUCGUGUACAUCUUGGAGGAGGCAUGCAAAAAGUGCUUCGAGGAGGUGGUAGACAACUUGUGCAUCAUCUUCGACCUGAAGGAUUUCGGCCUUAACAGCAUGGACUAUCCUCUUAUCAAAAACCUCAUCUGGCUGCUCAGCAAGCACUACCCCGAGCGGCUGGGCAUUUGUCUCAUCCUCAACUCGCCUACAAUUUUCUCAGGGUGCUGGUCUGUCAUCCGUGGCUGGCUCAACGAGGUCACAGCGAAAAAGGUGGUGUUCAUAGGCAGCCAAGAUGACUUGGUGAAGUACGUCCACCCAGACAUACUGCCAAACCUCUAACGGAGGAGCGCCUCCCUAGAGAGAACCAUUGGGGGAUCACAACGCAGUCUUCAGCCACAUCAUCCACAACACUGUCUCCCUUCACAAGCACCAGUGCUCACGGCCCAGAGGACGGCAGCAGCAAGACAAUGUGCGGAACCCCAACGUGGAUUCCACUUGUUAGUUUUUCGGUCACCUGAACUUAACUAUCGAGCCACAUCAAGUUAACCUCUCAACACUACGUUGGCAGCUCCAUAUAAUGAGUCUCUUACAAUGAACUGGCUUUCAUUUGCACGUUCAUACUUAUUUGUUGGCAACUGCUGUACCAUUAUUGUUAUGCUGUGAGAGAUGUUAUAGGUAUAUGAUUUUAUUGUGAAACCAGCUGGUGUGAAAAGCUUGUGAAUGAGGAUGCAUUUGCACCAUGUUCAAGGGCUUGGGCCUGUUGCGGUGGUUUUUCGAAAGCUAUUUAACAUUGCGAAUUUCCACAUGUAGAUAAUGGCCUUUUUACUUCAGAGUUUUUAAAGUUAUGUGUGUGCUUGAUAUAAUUUCUAGGUGUUUUUUUAAUUGAAGUAUCUUAUGCUUGCUUCAUUGUGCAUCAGAGGGUGUAGGAGAACGGAAAUAUGGGCAAAUUCGUUGGUAUUCAUCUUAAAAGCAGCGCAGCAACACGAGGACGAAAGAGGAAGAAACAACUGGACAGGCACCUGUCCUUCCUUCUUUGUCAUCGUGUUGCUUCUUGGUUUUCAAAAUGUAUUAAAGAGCCCUUCCGAACACGUGAACAUGAGGUUAAGGCAUCACCGCACUGCAAUGGUCCACAAUGGCAAUUCACUGUCAUGCCUCUUACAAACAGCACACUUAAGGCAUCGUUUCAAAGUACUAAUUAUUCUAUUAAUACAAGUUCAGAACGUCAUACAGUUAGAAAGAGCUGUACUAAAGCUGCUUCACACGUGUCACUUUUGUGCUUCUAAAAUACUUGGUUUACCGAGCCUGCAAAUGUCAGCAGAGCUAAGCGAUUAAUGCCCACAAAGGUAUUGGAAGAGAAAGAAUUGCUACAAUGUGUGAGCACAGCUGGACAGAAAUGUCGGCAUUAUGCAGCAUUGGAAAAGAGUGGGCUUCUUCUUAGUAUUGUUUUUAUUGUUUUUGAACAUACCGUUGUUCAUUUCAGCAUCUGUUCAAACUUUAAGAAGUACAAUGUUGCUCACAGUGAAAAAUUAGUGUGCAUGUUAUAUGCUGGAACUGGAAAGGGUGGCAGCAGCCCAAUCAAUACUUUCAACACACAGGCAACCAUGGAAGGCAGGUUAUUUUUGCAUGCAUACAUUUGGCUUGUAGCAUUGUCUGUGCAGUCACUCAUAUGCGAUAGAAGCGAAUAAUAGAAAGAUUUGGGUGUUGAGGUUUGUUCCAUUUAUUGGAACCUUGGAAUUUUUUUGUGCUUCGAUUGCAAAAGCAACAUAGCUAUAUUAUCAACAUGCCUACAGUAACAAACCAAUCACAAGCUGGAGCAUAUGCUAGUAGGGUGCUUUCAGUGUAUUGGAAAUUCCUUUUUUUAUUUGUUUGCAACUUGUAAAGUGUGCAUGGCAAUGGUGUGUACAGUAGGCGUGUACACUCUACAAAAGCAGUUUUGCAUGCAGUCAAAAUAUUUAAAAAAUCCUCUUUUGUGCAUUCAGUUCACAGUCUACUUGUAGAGUGGCAGGCUUUUACUUGUUUUUUCACUCUCUAGUGACAAGUAUACUUGUAACAGGCUUUACUUAAUUUGCGGUGUAGAAUUGCUGACAUUGGUUGUGAGAGAUUACGUAUACUAUAUGAUACAGCUCUGCUAGAAAACCAACAUUUGUUUUUGAACGUUGGUUGGAAUUUGCUCACUGCAGUUACGCGCCUUUGAGCAUGGUACAGUUGCUGUGCUAAUUUAAGUUAUACGUACUAUGGCUUUGUGAAUAUCAUCCCCCGCAUGACCCAGAGCUUGUGAAUGUGGUAAUGCUCAAAACGCAUAUUUUAGAGAGCAGUGUUGGUAGGAGCUGCCGCUUCCAAGUCAAAGCGACCUGAUGGGCAAGCCAGGACCAACAGUAGCAGGCAGCCGCCCCCACCCCUACCCCGCCCAUUUUUUUCACUAAUGUGUUGAUUUGUAGCUUGUACCGUUUUAGGAAGCAUAGUGGAACAGGCAGUGGUUUCUGAGUUCCUAGACUGCAGCCAUGGUAAGAAGGAACUAGGCAAUGUUGUGAAUUAUGCUGUAAAGUAGGAUGCCAUGUUGGAUAGCGUCAGUAAUUGGACAAUUCAGCAAAUGCAAUGACGUUUAUUUAGCAAGACAAGAUUUUCUGUUUCAGUGUUGAUGUAUGCAAUAUCUGUUAAUCAACUCAGUAGAGUUUUGUUGUUGGAUGAGGCACUUGACAAAGAUGACAGCAAGGUCGUCCUUGGUUUACAAGUUUUGUAUAUAGGUAAAGAAAAAGUUGAAAGUUUUUGAGGAGAGACUUUGAAUCGCACAAGCCCUCAAAUGUGGAUUUGUGUUGAACUGUACGAACUACUUAGUACGCUCAGUGGUGCGUGACUACUUCUUUUUGUUUAUUUUCAUGUUCUGACGGAGGUGCAAUCUUCACCAGUGAAUGAGAAGAACUGCUAGCUUAUUUACAAAUACAAAUAGUAGUAACAUUAAAUUUGCAGCCAGCCUUCUUUAGUGUACAUAAGAGAAAAAAACACAACCUUGAGAAAUAAAAAAAAAAAAA